AUGCUGAGAAACGUAUUCAGAUCACAGACACUGAGGGCCACAAGACCUGCUGUCAUCUCUCCAAGAGCGUUGGCCGUGUCCCCACUGGCGCAGAGAUCCAUCAGAUUCUACUCUGAGGAGGCGAAGAAAGAGGCGCCAAAGGCAGAAGAGGCCAAGGAAGAGGCCGCUAAGGAAGAGAACAGCGAGCCAAAGGACGAGCUCACCUUGUGCAAGGAGCAAUUGGAAGCUGCACAAAAGGAAAGGGCUCAGUUCAAGGACCAUUAUCUCAGAGCAAUUGCCGAUUUCAGAAACUUGCAGGAGUCUACAAAGAGAGAGAUCAAGAAGUCCAAGGAGCUUGCGCUCAAGUCCUUUGCUAAGGAUUUGCUCGAGACUGCUGAUACGUUCGAGAUUGCUCUCAAGACGUUGACCAAGGAGGAGACCUCCGACACUACCAAGAAGCUCAAAGAGCUUGACGAUCUCGUGGAGGGUGUUCAAAUCACCCAGAACAUGUUUUUGAACGCCUUGAAGAGACACGGAUUGGAGCCAAUCGAGGCAAUUGGCGAGAAGUUUGAUCCAAAUGUCCACGAAGCAACGUUUGAGGUCCCUCAACCUGAUAAAGAACCAGGCACUGUGUUCUUUGUCCAACAACAAGGUUACUACUUGAAUGGCCGUGUCUUGCGUCCAGCUAAAGUUGGUGUCGUCAAGGGUGAAGAUUGAGUGACCAAAACCAUCUCAAGGAGGAUUCUUACGAAUUGAAUGCUGCAUUUGUUUUGUUUCUAAUGAAGUUUAUGGAGAAGGAUAUCGUUCUGUGGGAGAGGGGUUCUAGACAUGUCGCUUGUCUCUUGACGUAUAAGGGGAAAUGCGCAUUCUAAAGUCCCAAAUCCGCAGUGUUUCCUGUAUAUAGUUGUUGAUUCCAUAUGACGAAUGAACAAGUUAUCUGUAUCCUAUUCCAAC